CAGCUCCUCCUUAACAACUCACUCUCACUAUAAGUAGUACAUGCAGCUUUUGUCAGUCAUCACCAAACCCCUUCACCCUCUCUUUUCAUCACCUUCUCUGAAUCCUCCCUCUUCUAAGAAUACCAAGUGGGGAUCUAAGUAUCAGAAGCAUUGGCAGAGGUAGCCAGUUUUCUCCUUCCACCCAUGACUGGUAGGGCCAGAAACCCCUUAAGGGGUCGCCUCCGGCCUCAAAUGGCCAUGGCAUUGGCUAUUAUUUUCAUUUCUACAACUGUGAUUUCUGUAGCUGCUGAUAGUUAUAUUUACUCCUCUCCACCACCACCAUAUGAGUACAAGUCACCUCCGCCACCGUCUCCUUCACCACCACCUCCAUACAUCUACAAGUCACCACCACCACCACCACCAAUUGAACACAAGGCUCCAACUUAUGAGUACAAGUCACCACCACCUCCUUCACCAUCACCUCCACCCCCUUACAUUUACAAGUCACCACCACCUCCUUCACCAUCACCUCCACCCCCUUACAUUUACAAGUCUCCACCCCCUCCUUCACCAUCACCUCCACCCCCAUACAUUUACAAGUCUCCACCACCACCACCAAUUGAGCACAAGGCUCCAACUUAUGAGUACAAGUCACCACCACCUCCUUCACCAUCACCUCCACCCCCCUACAUUUACAAGUCUCCACCCCCUCCUUCACCAUCACCUCCACCCCCAUACAUUUACAAGUCUCCACCACCUCCACCAUAUGAGCAUAAGGCUCCGACUUACAAGUACAAGUCACCACCACCUCCUUCACCAUCACCCCCACCUCCUUACUUGUACAAGUCACCACCACCUCCACCUCCAUAUGAACACACGGCUCCUCCAUACUAUUACAAGUCUCCUCCACCACCCUCUCCCUCACCUCCACCUCCUUACAACUACAAAUCUCCUCCACCACCCUCUCCCUCACCUCCACCUCCAUACUACUACAAAUCUCCCCCACCUCCCUCACCCUCCCCUCCCCCACCUUACUUCUACAAGUCUCCACCACCACCAAAAGAAAUAUCAAACCCUCCAUACUACUAUAAAUCACCACCUCCACCAUCACCAUCCCCUCCACCACCUUACUAUUAUAAAUCUCCCCCACCACCUAAAGAAAUAUCACAUCCUCCAUACUACUACAAAUCUCCUCCACCUCCCUCACCAUCACCACCUCCACCUUACUAUUACAAGUCUCCCCCUCCACCUAAAGAAAUAUCACACCCUCCAUACUACUACAAAUCUCCCCCACCUCCCUCACCAUCACCACCUCCACCAUACUAUUACAAGUCUCCACCACCACCUAAACAAAUAUCUCACCCUCCAUACUACUAUAAGUCACCACCACCACCAUCACCAUCCCCUCCUCCACCAUACUAUUACAAAUCUCCUCCUCCACCUAAAGAAAUAUCACACCCUCCAUACUACUAUAAAUCCCCACCCCCACCAUCACCAUCACCACCUCCACCUUACUACUAUAAAUCUCCCCCUCCACCUAAAGAGAUAUCACACCCUCCAUACUACUACAAGUCUCCACCACCACCUUCACCAUCUUCUCCAACACCCUACGACUACAAGUCUCCUCCUCCUCCAUCACCUGUACCCCAUUCACCAUACUACUACAAGUCUCCACCACCACCCAAGUAUCAUUCACCACCAUAUUAUUACAAUUCCCCUCCUCCACCUGUUGUGUAUCCUCACCCACAUCCCUACCACCACACAUUGAUUGUGAAGGUUGUUGGUAAAGUGUACAGCUACAGGUGUUAUGACUGGGAGUAUCCUGAAAAGUCUCAUGUGAAGAAACACCUCAAAGGUGCCACUGUUGAGGUGAAAUGCAAAGCUGGGAAGAAUAUCAUCAAAGCCUAUGGUAAAACGAAAAGCAAUGGCAAGUACAGCAUCACAGUUAAGGACUUUGACUAUGUCAAAUAUGGCCCCACAGUAUGCAAGGUUGUGCUUUAUGCUCCACCUAAACACUCACCCUUUGACAUACCUACUAAACUGAAUGUGGGAACCGACUUGCACGUGAAAUCCAAGGACAAGUAUGAAGUUGUGCUCAAGGCAAAGCCAUUUGCUUAUGCAUCAAAGAAGCAUUUUAAAGAAUGUGAAAAGACCAAGCCUUCUCCAACUCCUUACUACUAUAAGUCACCACCACCACCAGUCCAUUAUUACUCUCCUCCAUAUUACUAUAAGUCACCUCCUCCUCCAAUCAAAUCAUCAUCACCUCCUUAUUAUUACAAGUCACCACCUCCACCAUCACCAGUAUCUAAACCACCAUAUUACUAUAAGUCACCACCUCCACCAUCACCAUCACCACCUCCACCUUAUUAUUACAAAUCUCCUCCUCCACCUAAAGAAAUAUCACACCCUCCAUACAACUAUAAGUCACCACCCCCGCCAUCACCAUCCCCUCCUCCACCUUACUAUUACAAAUCUCCCCCUCCACCUAAAGAAAUAUCACACCCUCCAUACUACUAUAAGUCACCACCUCCACCAUCACCAUCACCACCUCCACCCUACUAUUACAAAUCUCCUCCUCCACCUAAAGAAAUAUCACACCCUCCAUACUACUACAAGUCACCUCCCCCACCAUCACCUUCCCCUCCUCCACCAUACUACUACAAAUCACCGCCUCCCCCAUCUUCAUCACCACCUCCACCUUACUAUUACAAAUCUCCUCCUCCACCUAAAGAAAUAUCACACCCUCCAUACUACUAUAAGUCACCACCCCCACCAUCACCAUCCCCGCCUCCACCAUAUUAUUAUAAGUCACCACCUCCACCAUCACUAUCCCCACCUCCGCCUUACUAUUAUAAGUCUCCUCCUCCACCCAAAGAAAUAUCACACCCUCCAUACUACUAUAAGUCACCACCACCACCAUCACCAUCUCCUCCCCCUCCAUACUAUUAUAAAUCUCCCCCACCACCAUCCCCAUCACCUCCACCUCCAUACUAUUACAAGAGUCCCCCUCCACCAUCUCCCUCUCCUCCUCCCCCCUACUACUAUAAAUCUCCACCUCCACCAUCACCAUCUCCACCACCUCCAUACUACUACAAAUCACCACCACCACCUUCCCCAUCACCUCCACCUCCGUACUAUUACAAGAGUCCUCCUCCACCAUCUCCCGUUUCUCAUCCUCCCUACUACUACAAGUCCCCUCCACCACCAUCGCCAUCUCCUCCACCUCCUUACCACUACAUAAGUCCACCCCCACCUUCACCAUCUCCCCCUCCACCAUACAUUUACAAAUCACCUCCCCCACCAACAAAGUCUCCUCCACCACCAGUUUACAUCUAUGCUUCACCACCACCACCCGUGUACAAUUAAGCCUAAAAUGCGGAUGCCCCAUUUGUGAUAAAUCAGAUUCCAGUUUUCAUCCCGGAAUAAAGCCAAGUUCUAUUUGGAGCGAAGUGGACCAUCUAGCUUCCUUUCUAUAUUCAUUUAAUAAAAAUGUUUCAUCUAUGAGCUACACCAUUUCUGAGUCAGACGAGGUUGAUUUUAUUUCAUUGAUGGCCAUCUUGCACUUCCUAAUCUUAAGGUUUUCAAGGGAUGGUCCAAUCAACACUGGGAAGCGAGAUUUGAAAUGUUGAUCUUUCUAAUUUAUUUGUGCAUAUAAUAUUAUAUACAAUCCUGUAUGAUUGUUUUCUAUUUAUUGGGGGAUUUUCAUGUUUGUACCCUGUUGUGUUUGUAACAAGACUGUUAGUAAUAAAGAGAUGUAUUCAAUUUCUGUUCUUAAA